UCCAUUUGACCCGCAACAUAACAGGAGGGUUAAACCAAUAUUGCCAAUGUGUUUUCAAGCAGUGCUUGUUUCCGAUUGGUUCAUUUUAGGGGCCGUAACAAUAAUAGCGUACGUCAUGUGGAAUCUUACUGAAUCAAAAGAACGUUCUGUGGUUGUUUGGCACCAUAGAGGUACCGUGAAAUGAGCGAUCCUGAGCAAGGGUUUGACGACAGAUUGUGCGGAAAAUAUUCAGAAUAAAAGCAAGUACUCCUGCGCGAGCACGACUAACGUGCAUCUCGUAGUUUUUGGAAGUUUUGACAUUAAAAGUAGGUUACUGCGGUUUUUCGUUAUAAUUCGUUAGCAUAAUGCAAUAUGUACUAAUACACUUUAUUUUCCCUUGAAAAUCAUCAUAAUACCCAGCCAUAUUUCUUUGAUGAUUAUUUGAUUUAAGUUGUUUAGCUGAUUUUACAAGCUUUUUACAGAAUUGAAAAUUUUUACAAGAAAUUGUGCCAAUUACAAAUGUAGAUAAACUGGGGAGAAGACCUUAUUUGAAAGUAAUUUGUUAUAUUUGUAGAAAAAACAAUAGUUUUACCAUAUCUAUGAUUAAAAUUCAAGUUAUCAUAUUGUUCAAGUAGAAGAGGAAUAGUUUAUAUUUAAGAACUUAAUUAAAUUAUAUUGAACGUAAUGAAGGUGUCAUCUUUGGUACUUUUAUUUUGAAAAUUAUAGACCCUCCUAAGUAUUUACUGUCGCUAGUUACAAUGCCCACCAUAGACAUUCAUAAGCUCUCCGUGUUUGAGAUGAUCGUCGCACAUCAAACUUUAAGGUGCUGCAAGCCUGCAUGGUGUGUCCUUAGUGUAGGCCUACAUUCAAAGAGAACAUUGCGUCAGUUUUCUACCACACCCCAUGCAAUGGCGUCUUUUAAGCAUAAACAUUCCAAGAGAAUAGAGGGACUGGAUAAGAAUGUUUGGGUGGCCUUUACCUCUGUAGCAGCAGACCCUUCCAUUGUCAACCUGGGCCAAGGGAACCCAGACAUCCCUCCUCCAGCGUACAUCAAGGAGGGUCUGGCACAGGCUGCGGCACUGGACAGGCUGAACCAGUACACAAGAGGAUUUGGGCAUCCAUCUCUAGUCAAGGCACUGUCCCAAGUGUACGGGAAAGUAUAUGACCGAGACAUUGACCCAUUCAAAGAGAUUCUGGUGACAGUAGGAGGCUAUGGCUCUUUAUUCAGUAUCAUGCAAGGUCUGGUAGAUGAAGGAGAUGAGGUUAUAAUUAUUGAGCCUUUUUUUGAUUGCUAUGUACCCAUGGUUCGAAUGGCGGGAGCAAAGCCUGUUCUAAUUCCCUUAAGACUUAAGUCUGAAAACAAGGCUAGCAUCACUAGCGCUGACUGGGUUCUGGAUCCAGAUGAGCUUGCAAGUAAAUUUAACUCAAAAACCAAGGCUAUAAUUAUCAACACACCCAACAAUCCUGUUGGGAAGAUUUUCACCAGAGAGGAGUUGCAGGUGAUUGCUGACUUGUGCACCAAGCACGACACGCUCUGCUUCAGUGAUGAGGUUUACGAGUGGCUGGUGUACAAAGGCCACAAGCACAUCAAAAUAGCUACUCUCCCUGGCAUGUGGGAUAGAACCAUCACUAUCGGCAGUGCUGGGAAGACGUUCAGUGUGACUGGAUGGAAGCUUGGCUGGUCCAUUGGCCCAGAACACUUGGUAAAACAUCUUCAGACAGUCAUGCAGAAUACAUUGUAUACCUGUCCAACUCCUUUACAGGAAGCCGUAGCUCAAGGACUCCUCCGGGACUACAGCCUCAUGGGCAGCCCGGACUGCUACUUCUCCUCGCUGGCUGUGGAGCUGGAGGACAAGAGGGAGCGCAUGGCCGCCAUCCUCCGGUUGGGCGGCAUGUCCCCCGUCGUCCCCGAGGGGGGCUACUUCAUGAUCGCUGAUGUCACUUCCCUCAACAAAGAUCUGUCACACAUGGGAGACGAUGAGCCGUAUGACUACAAGUUUGUGAAAUGGAUGAUCCAGGAAAAGAAACUGGCAGCUAUUCCAGUGACGGCCUUCUGUGGGGAGGAUUCUAAGAAGCAGUUUGAGAAGUACAUCCGCUUUUGCUUCAUAAAGCAAGACAGCACUUUGGAUGCAGCUGAGGUUAUACUGCGUAACUGGAACAAAGACUCCUAAUUCAGCAAUAAGUGAAACACUGUCCCUGCUUCCGAGGUUGCAACUUCUUAGUAGAAAUGCGUAGCAUGUUCUUUGACAAAAUACUGUUGCAGUAUGUGCCACAAAAAACAGCCUACUCCAGAUUUGUAAUUUAAGUAAAGAAAAUAAUAUCUCAUCUAUAGGCCUUAUGCCCUUUCGUUGAUGUCAUAUGUGGAACCCUUGUAUGACCAUCAAGCAAUAACAAAAAUAAAAAUAAAUAAACUAAACAAAAUCAAAAGUGAAGUAAUGUGUGUUGAGAUCAAAAAUAAAAUGGGAAAUGCUUUAAAAAUACAUUUGAAAAGGA